ACUGAGGAGCCGGUCCGGAUUGGCUCAGAGUUUAGUGUGUACAAACUUAGUUAUCUCCCCCACACGGCAAUGGACCGUACGUAUUGGCGUGUGUAGUAAACGGACGGGCUAACGGACUGUACGGAACAACAACAAAUGGAUUUACCUUAGGUUGUGAAGAAAAAAAUCAGCAAAAAAGUUGGAAAUACGCCGUUGUGACAUCCUUGUGCAUCAGAAGGCCUCCGAUUAUUUGUGAUAUGUACAACAGUCUACAGGACUGUAGCUUUUCGUCGAGUGCCCUCGGGAUUUAUACUUCACCGCCUUAGCGUUAAAGGGGUAGUAUUGUGAUUGUGAGUAUCAUCAUAUCGUCGACUCAUAUACCACUCAAACACGAAGCAGAGGAUUAGUGUGUAGUUCGGUUUCAGUGAAAAAAUACCAUGUAGUGGAAACAGCAAAUCAAUAUGGAUUAAUUCAUCAGAAGUUAGGUUACAUAUUUUUUGUGUUAUAAUUUUUUAAUUUAUUUAUUUUAUUUGAGUCUGAAAAGGAAAAAUCAAGAUGAAGCCUAAAGGAUAUUUAAAAUUCAACAUGGAUAUUUCGUUUUGGAUUUAUAUUGGUUGUAUAUUAUUAAGUUCUAUUGAAUGUGUGUAUGGAGUUUGUCCGGAGAAGUGUAUUUGUGAGGGGAGAACGGUGAACUGUGCGUUUAGGGGCUUCAACAAUGUGCCUCAGGAUAUGCCGAAACAGACGCACAAAAUAGAUCUACAAGGCAAUAAUAUUACAAUAAUCAGAAGGAGAGACUUCGAGGGAUAUCACCAACUUAGAAAUUUAUUAUUGUUGGAAAAUCAAAUACACACGAUAGAGAGGGGAUCGUUCGAGGACCUUACCGAAAUGGAGAGAUUGAGAUUGGACAGAAACCGACUAGUAGCUAUUCCAGGACACCUGUUCAGUACAAUGCCCAACCUGCAGAGAUUAGACCUGAGUUACAACAGAUUAAGAUUCAUCGGCAAGGACACCCUCACUGGAUCAAUGGUUCUCAAAAACCUGCAACUUGACCACAACGAGCUGACCUGUGUAUCUGGAAACGCUAUCAAGGCACAUCGAUACAUGGAGAUAUUGACUCUGAACAACAAUAAUUUGACUACACUCCCUGACGACAUCUUCAGUAACAUGAGGAAGCUCAGAACUCUGCGUUUGAUGAACAAUAAUUUCAAUUGCGAUUGCAAUCUGAGGUGGCUCUCACGCUGGUUGAGGAACGCGAGGAGGCUCGGACGGGGGACAGAGUGUUCGACUCCCUCAAAUCUGCAGAGCAUUGAGCUCAAAGAUCUUGAUGAGAUGGAAUUUAAAUGCAACGACCUACAGCAUACAGUUGUGAACCAGUGUUUGGAGGAAGCCAUGUGUCCCUCCCGUUGUCGCUGUACCGAGGGUGUUGUCGACUGUCGCGAUCUCAGACUCACCGCUGUGCCAGGAAACUUUCCUGAAGAUGUUGUUGAGAUACGUUUGGAAGGAAACUCCAUUGCUCGGAUACCAUCGAGAGCUUUCGCUGACCUUUCUCGCCUUCGAAGAAUUGAUAUAAGCAACAACAAGAUAUCCCACAUUGCACCUGAUGCGUUUGCGGGGCUUUCAUCUCUUAAUUCGCUGGUCCUGUAUGCCAACAAGAUAACGGAGCUACCUCUGGGUGUCUUUAGGGACCUUAGCUCCCUCCAACUACUACUUAUGAAUGCCAACAAGAUUAAGUGUUUACACGUUGACAUUUUCCGAGACUUGUACAACCUAAAUCUACUGUCUCUCUAUGACAACAAGAUCAUGUCUCUGGCCAACGGAACCUUCGACUCGCUCCGCAACAUCCAGACCCUACAUCUGGGAAGAAACCCGUUCAUCUGCGACUGUAACCUGGAGUGGCUGGCCGAGUACCUACAGAGGAGACCGGUCGAAACGAGCAGUGUACGGUGUGAAAGUCCCGCUCGCAUGGAGCGCAAGAAGAUCGCACGAACACGACCGUCCAGGUUUAAGUGUAAAGAAUCGGAGAUCCACCGAACUAAAAACGCGGGGACGUGUAUGGUUGACGUUGAAUGUCCGGAGGGCUGCGACUGUAGGGGGACUGUGGUGGACUGUUCGGGACGCCAGUUGAUCACUGUACCCACCACCAUCCCUUCCUACACUACCGAGCUACUGCUCCAGGGUAACAGGAUCACAAGACUGGAAGCCAAUGGGAUGUUCGUCCACCUCAGCAACCUACAGAUACUUGACCUUAGCAACAAUCUCAUCGAGGUCAUUGAGCACAACACGUUCGAGGGAGGAUCGAAGUUGAUGGACAUAAACCUUUCGAACAACAGAAUCAACAAAAUCACGAUGAAGACCCUUGCUGGUCUGACAGCCCUACAGACCCUAUCUUUAGACAGAAACAGAAUUACCUGUUUGAGUAACACCACGCUGUCAUCAAGUGUCCAUCUACGCAAAUUGUCUCUACAUAACAAUCAGAUCCGAUGUAUAACGGCUGGAACCUUCGACAACCUCAGAUAUCUAGUAACACUGAAUCUAGAGGCGAAUCCGUUCACCUGUAACUGUCACCUGGGCUGGUUUUCUGACUGGUUAAAACGAGUAAACGUCAUCACAGGGAGCCCCACCUGUUUCUCCCCACACAACCUGAAGGAUUCUCCCAUCCAUGACAUUCGCACUGCAGACUUUGUUUGUGAAGCUAACAAUGAGCUUGGUUGUACUAUUGGUGUGUCCCCAUGCUGUUCUGAUGAAGAUGUUGCUCCCGUGGACAGUAGCUGUGACCCGCGAGCCUACUGCCCCCCUCUGUGUACCUGUACAGGAACUGUUGUGAGAUGUAGCAGACAGAUGUUGACAGAGAUUCCGCCUCACAUACCCCUGGACACUACCGAGCUAUACCUGGAUGUGAACAACAUCACAAGUCUGAACAUGGACAUCAGUCAACUCAGUCAGCUCCAGCGUCUGGAUUUGAGCAACAAUAAGAUUGUGACACUCCCAGAGAGCAUUUUCUCCAACCUGACACAGUUAUCUACCUUAAUCUUGAGCUUCAACAAGCUAGAGUGCAUGGCAGCUUCCAGUUUCUCCGGGCUCAGGCGACUCCGAAUAUUGUCUCUCCAUGGAAACCAGCUGUCCACCAUUCCUUACAGCUCUUUCAACGACCUUGACUCUCUUACACACUUGGCCCUCGGUGAGAACCCGCUGUACUGCGACUGUAACCUGAAGUGGUUGGUGGACUAUAUUAAGAAUGAUUACAUGGAGCCUGGGAUAGCUGGCUGUGCUGGACCUGCGUCGAUGGUCAACAAGCUCAUACUUACCACCCCUCCUGCGGCCUUUCAGUGCAGUCAGACCGCAGACCCAGACAGUUUGGCUGUGGCGGCUAAAUGUAACGCCUGUCACCAGAAUCCUUGUCUCCAUAAUGGAAUGUGUAGAGUCAGGGACUUCAAAAACUUUACCUGCGACUGUACACCUGGUUACCAUGGGCAACGAUGCGAGAAUGAAAUCAACGCCUGUUUUGGAAAUCCAUGCAUGAAUGACGGUUUCUGUGAGGUCCUCAACCACGGAAGAUUCAACACCUCUUCUUUCAGCUGUCGCUGUCGGCCGGGGUUCGAAGACGAGCGCUGCUCCACGAAUGUUAACGACUGCGAGGCCACUUCCUGUCAGAAUGGUGCCACCUGUAUCGACCUUGUCGAGGGAUUCUCCUGCCAGUGUGCGAUGGGCUACAAAGGAAAGCAAUGCGAAAAUGAGGUCCAGUAUUGUACGGGUGAAGAGAAUUAUUGUCAGAAUGGGGCCGUGUGUGUGCCGUUAGUCUCCGAUUACAGGUGUGAUUGUACGGCGGGCUACACAGGAAAGAAUUGUUCUGAGGACAUCGACGACUGUCAGUCACACAUCUGUCAAAAUGGAGCGCGGUGUGUCGACCUGCUGGGCAAGUACACGUGUACCUGUCUCCGUGGUUACACAGGCAAGUACUGUGAGAUCCCACCCAUCGACAUGUACUACAGCAAUGACUACUCGGCGCCCGGAGCCUGUCGUAACCACGAGUGUCAGAACAAUGGUGUCUGCUACAAACCCAAAGGAUCGCAAGACUACAUGUGUCAGUGUGCACCUGGAUUCUCCGGGAAGAUGUGCGAGAAGAUGACAAGCGUUUCCUUCCUAGACACCGACUCCUACAUCCAGUGGCCCAAGUUAGACUUUGAGUCAUGGGUUAAUAUCACAAUCGUCAUGAAAACCGAGUCGGACUCGGGCCUUAUCUUCUACACUGGUCAGGAACAACACUUGGCUGUGGAGCUGUUCCGUGGCCGAGUGGGUAUCAGUUUUUAUGUGGGGAACACUCCCACUUCUACCAUGUUCAGUUACAUAUUUAGUUACGUUGAGGUAAACGACGAUCGUAUCCACUACAUCGAGUUGAUGCUGAACCGACGUAAUUUUACGAUGAGAGUGGACGGUGGAGUGUCCCGAUCUGUCGUCAACCAGGGCGACCGUGACUUCCUCAACAUAAACGACGAUGUUUACUUUGGGGGUCUGCCACCAGAUGUCAGCGCUCGAGCACGGAGUAAAUUUCACAUUCGAAGUGAAUCUAGUUUUAGAGGUUGUUACCAGUCCGUAUACAUCAACAACAAAUUGAUGGAUUUCAUGUCGUCGAAGUUAAAUCGUAAGAUAAUGCCGGGAUGUAAGGUUGACCCAUGUCUCAACAACCAGUGUCAGAAGGGUCGCUGUAAACCCCGUAAAAAGCGUCAGGGCUACAGAUGCAAAUGUAACCAAGGAUACUCAGGCCGCUUCUGUGAUGUUGCGCCUUCCUGUAAGCCUAAAGUUUUCCGAAGUUAUUACACACAUCCGAAGACAAACUGUAAAUCACGGUCCCGAAUAAAGUUCCGUCGAUGUGAAGGAUCAUGUGGAAAGCGAUGCUGUAAACCAACCAAAAUUAAAAAUAGGAAGAUCCGAUUGUACUGUCAAAAUGGAACCAGUCACAUGUACAAAAUACAAAUCAUUCGCAAAUGCAGUUGUCACAAGUGUUCAUUCUCAAAUUAAAUGUAACACAAAACAGCUGAGAUUUCUAACUAUAAAGAGCUAGAUUAAUAACAAUCUUCCACAGAUGAAGGUCAGACUUGAAUUCUGAAGAGGGUUGACAUUUCGUUAUAAUCUGGCUGUCGUUUAUGGACAUUUUGAAGAUAGCUGUGUUAAGAUAAUGUUAGAUAACAGAGGUAGAAGGAUCAAAGUGGCCAUUGCAAGAUCCUGGUCACGGCACCAAACUUUUGUGAGUGAUUUGAAUGACGCCUGGUCAAGACACCAAACUUUUGUGAAUUAUUGGAAUGACACCUGGUCACGGCACCAAACUUACGCGAGCUAUUGUAAUGACACCUGGUUCUGGCGCCAAAGUUUUGUGAGUUAUUGGAAGGACUCUUGGUCACGGCACCAAACUUUUUGUGAGUUAUUGGACCUACAAUAUUUAGUUAACUCACAAGAGAAAAUGAACUUCACAUGUACAAUAAGAAGAAAGUUGUACUAUAGGGACCUCAGAAGAAAAUUACAGACUUCACUUCUCUGCCUUGCUUAUUGUGACUGUGUGCUGGUAUGAGUGUACCGUAACUUCAGACAUUUGACAGUUAAAUAUAAAAGUUAGAGAAGUGUUGGAGUUUAAUAAAAGUGUAGACACUUUGACAUUUAGUGAAUGUGUGGAAGACAUAUAAAACUAUAUGGACGUGCCCACUCAAUACUCUGCCGUGCCCCUGAACAUGUGAUUGAACAGGUGCCAGGACAGUGUAGGCGGCAGUUAAUUUAAUCACAACAAUGUUUUAUAAAUACGGGAAUAUUGCAUGUAACAAUUGCAUGUGACUGUGUCAUGUGGACGAGUACUUUUCAUCUACCUACGCAUCUCUAGGAAGAUUUCGGUGUACGAGGAUGUAGAACGAACAGUUGGUUACGUAUGGAUAUGAAUUUCAUCAUGCGAUGGUUUAAUCACUUGUGUUGUGAAUAGUAACAGGUUGCCAAUCUUAUAUUUGGUGAUAAGUAUGGGCUUGACAUCCAGGCAGACAAAAACAUGAUAGCUUAACCUGUUCACCCCUAAAGUCACAUUUGUACCUUACCAAAUCAAAGACUGGGCAAGUCCAGUUUAGAAAUGUAGGGGUGAAUGAUAAAAUCCUACAUAAUUGUACAUUUACGAUCACAAUAGUGCUUGUAUGUUUUUUCACCGUUGUAAGGUUAAUUAUGGCUUGAUGACAGGUGGUAAAAUGGGACAAUACAAUUUAAGAUGUCGUUGGUUAAUUUGUAAGAAUAAAGGAGGACAAAUAUUUCACAACCACAAAAUAUGAUAUUCAUAUUGUUGUGGUCGGUCGUCAAAUGAAGCAAAGCCAGUAAAAACUGUUAUUGUGAGUAGGACGUGUGUUGAACAAUUUGUGAAAUUGCGAUAAAAGGGACGGGACGCUUAAUUGAAACGAAGAUAUUGCUUUAUGUAAGUCUUUUGUGUAACAUAUGUACAUAAAUUAAGUUUCUGAUAAUAUAUCUAUUUAUAUAUGAUGGUCAUGUUCAUCAGUCGUGGAUUGACCUAUGGUGACUGUAGAUACACGGGUCAGUCCUAAGAUGACCAUUGGUCAGAAAUGUGUUGAUCAGUGUCAGUCCUAAGAUUACCGUUGGUCAGCAACAUGUUGACCAGGUUGUCAUGCCAUGUACUAAACAUAGUUGCCUGUGAAUCUAUUUAUUGACCGUUUUAUAUUUCGUACACAUAGGGGUCAAGGUCAUAUAAAAAUACCUGGAUCUGUAAUACUGAAGUCACAAAGUCAUAUUUUAAAAAUCCGAUAUCAGUUAUUGAAUAAUUCUAACAUUUGGUUUACAGUUUUGAUGUCUAUCUUACUUGCUAAAUCUCUUAUUUAUCAUGACCAGCAAUAACGUAAAAAAAAAUGACAAAAAUCAUGUAUUUUUUCUCUUUAUUUAAGAAACAUUAACAAGAUAAGCAAAUAUUGUUUUGGGGGAAUUUUGACAAAAAUACAUGUGAAUUUGUCAUAGGAUAUCCUAGAUAAAAUUCCAUUUUUAUUUUAUUUUUAUUAGUGGAUAGCUGGAUGCUAGAGGGGUUUCGACAAGUCUUUGUUUACUGCACGUUUAACGAUCAGAACAUACGAUAAACAUGGCUUAUACAGGUGUCCAGUAUUUAGAUGAUGGGGGAAUACUUGUAUAGGUUUCCAGUGUUUGCUUGACCAUAGUGAUAUCUUAAUUGGUUUAAAGUGUUAACGUUUAAUUCGAUCAAAGUGACAAAAAUAUUAUUAAAAUAGGCAUCGGGUAUUUUCUUAAAAGUAUUGGCUUGAACAGACAGCAUCUGGAAGGGUUGACCAUAUAUUCAAUUUUGGAAAGUUGGCAUUUUUUUAUAUUUACAAUCAGAAAAAAAUGAAAAGUAAAAUUGAUUUCAGGAUUUUUUCACUGCUAGUUCUGAUAUUUCAAUUAGGAAAUUGAAUGAACAUUUAAGUAUUUUUUAUUAAAGACUUUGAGCAGGUAAAUUUAUUUACACCAUUAACUCAUUCACCCCUGAUAUUUCAUAAUGAACUAUUCCAACCUUUGAAUUGGAAGAGUUCAUAUGUGUCUUCAAGGGUGAAUGAGUUAAGUAGAUAACCCAGGGUACAGUUUUGAUAGUGUCUUAAUAAUCAAACCAGGAUGUAUAUUUUGAUUUAUCUAUUUCAUAUCGUUUAUAUUGCACAAGUAUUUCAAGGCAUGGAUUCAAGAAAACCUGCAUGCAUAGUUCGUUUACUGGUUUACUAGAAAUAACAUAUGAAUAUAACAUCAAGAUGUUAAAUGUUAAUUGAAUGUUGUUAUAUAGCAUGCUCUCAGUUUUUUAUGUACCACACACAUAUUUCUCAUGUCAGGAAAAACUAACAUUUCAUCAAAUAACAUUUAUACCAUUUUGUUUUUUAAAUUUUCUAAUAAAAUGACUGGCUAACAUAUAUUGAGCAUCUGACACUUUUUAUUCGAAAUGAUUUGUGAAGGGCGACAAAAUGACUUCAGAUAUUGUAAUUAAUAAUAUCCUGUAUGCCCUACAGGUGAGUAUUUUCUUGUGAUUUGAUUAAUACUAUGGGCUAACGUCUGUAUAGGUAAUUCAGGAUGUGACCUCAUUCUUAGUGUAAUUAAUUUAUUUCUGCUGCAGAUAGAACUAAUGAGAUUGGUAUUUAUGUUUGAUCACUUGACUAAUAUGAUUUUGGUUAACCAUCAAUAUUUCCUCUAAAUCCCUGUCCACGUCAGGUCAAUGGUUCAAUUAUCUCCCCUGUGCUUUUCACCGGCUUUCUAUUUACAAUGUACUACUAGAAAAAGACAGGAAUUCUUUUCUGAAACAGAUGUUUGAAAAAUAAUUCAAAUUCUUACUUGCCUAGAAUUAUUGAAAUAUUCAAACUCUCACGAAACUUUUAAACUCUCCAGAUAUAAAUGUGAAUUUUGAUGCUCAGAACUCACAAUCUCAUUUGACCAAAUUAAUGCUAACAUUAAUUUCGUAUUACAUGUAUGUAUAUCAUUGAAUCUCUAGGUUACCUUAACUCAUACACCCCUGAAAUGUCAUGAUGGACUAUUCCAACCUUUGAAUGGGAAGAGUUGAAUUUUGUCUUCAGGGGUGAAUAAGUUAACAAAUAUAUGGGUUUCCUCACAGUCUGUUGGUGGUCUGAUUUGCUGUAAACUGUUGACUUGUUUUAAUUGAAUUAUUGUUUUUAUUUGUUACACAUGGAAUCCGACAAUGUUCAUUUCUUUUAAAGCAGCUGCAUUUAAUCGUUGUUAUUAUUAUGUUUCCUUUAUUUCUCUUAUUCUAGACAUUGAUUCUGUAUAACUUUCCUGCUCACGACAUUAUAAAUAGAUAUUGCACUGUGGACAGGUAUACAUGUACCUGACCAUCACUUCCCCAUAACCAUCACUACUACCCCGUGCAUCAGUUUGUUAUGGGGCAACCUUUUAAUCUUGUCAGAUGAAAGCCGACUGAAAGAAAUAUCUUUUUGGUUAAUAUAAGAAUUUGUGUAUAACUUUUAACAUCGUUCAGGCAUUUCCAAAAAAAUCGAUUUUAAGUUAUCCCCUUGUUUAUUAAACAAAUUAAACAUGAGUCCCUUUGAGUCUCUCUUGAAAUUGAAGAAGAUCUCCCGGCAGUUCGAGUACACCUUUUGGUAUAAGCCCAUUAUAAUUUGCAGCUCACUCCACACAUAUUUUCUGGAGACCAGGUCCCUGGGAUAACAUAGUUUUAUAGGGAAAUCUAUCUGAUAGCCUUGGACUUGUCCCGUAGAGGUCAGUACUGUUAAAUACAUGUUGGUGAACUUUUGUUGGUAAUAUUUGUCGUGAAAAGACAACAGGAAAUAAUUGAAUAUUCUCAGUAAUUUGUAAAAUUUGUGAACUUUUGUUGGUAAUGUUCUCAGUAAUUUGUCAUUGGGGAAUUUUUGAUGGUUACUCUCAGUACAUUGUAUUUGGUGAACUUUUGUUGGUAAUGUUUGUCGACAAAAGACGAUGGGAAAUAAUUUAAUAUUCUCAGUAAUUUGUAAAAUUGGUGAACUUUUGUUGGUAAUGUUUGUAGACAAAAGACAAUGAGAAAUAAUUGAAUAUUCUCAGUAAUCUGUAAAAUUUGUGAACUUUUGUUGCUAAUGUUUAUUGGUGAUAUUUGUCGGUACUAGACAAGAGAAAUAAUUAACAUUCUCAGUAAUUCUUUGUAUUUCUUGAAUAAUUGUUAGUGACGUUUGGUGGUACUAGAAAAGAGAAUUAAAGUCUUAUUCUCAGAUACAUUACUGAACUACUGUGAAAUCAAGUAUUUUCGCGGGGUCCUAUGUUCCGUAGCUUCCCGACAAAACACCCUUUCAUAGGUACAUGAAUUUGUGGAUUACGAGUACCCACUCAAAAGAAGAACUGCUUUACAUUAAACUUGAAAUGACUUUGUGGACCUAAAAAUUCGCGGAUUCAGAUUACCCACGAAAUCAACGCAAUUAAAAAACCCACGUAAAUUAGUGAUUUCACAGUAUGUAUUUCUUGAACCUUUUCUUGCUUUGUUUUUCAGUAUAAAACAAGGGAAAUAAUGAACUUUUUUUCACGUAUCAGUACUCUGUAAUAGGUGAAAAAUAUCGGUAAUGUUUUGACGUUACUGGAUAGAAAAAAUGAUGAACUAUUAUCUGUCCUUCGUUAAAACCCUCAAUGUUAGCGACUGUCGUUUUUGUGAGUUACAAUCUGGAAUUGAUAUUUGUGUUGCUGAAUUGAUACCGACGUUAAAUGUUAAACUAACGCAACCAGUAAUUUGGUCACUUACAUGUAGACGUCGUGAACAAACAAAACACCGUCAAGUCGUAUUUCUUAAAAUAACUUACAUUGCCAUCAGCUGGUUGAAUGGCUGCUGGUAACCUGUCGUAUAUAAAAUAAAUUUUAUUUUAUAACGUU